AUGGAUGGUAACAAAGCAGAAAAUGAAUCUCAAGAGAAAUCAUCAAGAGAAACAGAAUUGAUAAAGCUUUCACAAAAUCACAACUCUCUAGAAACAGACAAUACAAUUGAUUACAACGACAGUAAAUAUUCCAAAACAGGAUGGGAAAAUGUAAUUUAUGAAUUUGUACAAAAUGUGAAAAUUCCAAACGGAUAUGAGACAGAAUAUGACGCCUCAGAAGAGGAGUACCACCAUCUUCACAAGCGGAGAAAACGACAGGCAGAGACGACAAUUAGUCCAGGUCACAGAGGCAGUUUGAAAAUCAUACAGGGUAUUGAAUGGCACAAUGAUCUGCUGAAUGUCACAUCAGACGCCUUUGUAGAACUUGAAGCAGAGGUACUCGAAAUGUUUAAUAAUUUCCUGAUCAACGGACCACUCGGAAACAGUUACUCUUACGCUAUAGUGGAGUCGUUCAGUGAUUACAAGCGAAUAUGUGUGAUGACGAGUGAUUUUGUGUUUUGCUUUGGCGCUUGUUUUCAACUUGAGUGUUCUCUGUUGUGGUGUAUCAUUGGGAUGAAGCAAGGAAGCAUAGAAGUGUUAUUUGUGCUUCAACUGAAAUCCAAUGAUUCGUCAACAACACAGUCAGCAGAUACAAUUACUGAAUUGCUGAGACAAGCUAUCCAUAAUUCCUCUCAUUCACUUAAUUUUACCAUCGACACUGAUGAAGUGAUAAUAUUCGAUACAGUUGGAAUAACAGCCAGUACAACAGAAAUGCAGCCAGUUGAACCAUUAGAAAACAGCACAUCAAAUACGGAGCCAGCGUCAGGUACCAAUUCUGUAAAUUUUGAAACAUUAAAACAUUCUACCAACAGUGUGAUACAACAAGAGUCUACAAACACAAUUCCAUACGUUGAUACUGGACAAACCAUCAGUACGGAAACCUCAUCAUCAGAACACAGUACAAGUAAAACAACUUCCGACGAAACCACGCCAUCGUCAUCCGAUACAUAUCAGGAAACUACUACUGGUGAUAUAAAUCUCAAGACAAGUACUGUGUCAAUUGAAUCAACAAGUACAGUUGGACAAACUCCAACCGAAACAAUCUUCCAUUCCACGGUUCAAGGCCGAACAUCAUCUGAAAAAAGUUUACAAAGUACGAUAAGUAAUAGGGAAAGACAAACAACAAAUUCACUCUUAACAACAUUAUCUGAAUCUACAACCUCAAUGGAAUCCUUGACAACGGUGGAUGAUGACACUGCAACUAACUUACCAAGGCAGUCAGAAUCUUAUGUUUCUAGCCAAAUAACGCAAGGUUUUACUACUAGACACACUACGCCUUCUGGUUCUACAGCAGACCAUACAACUGUUUCCGAUUUAACUGCCAAACGGAAAACUACUUCUGAACUGACAACAUUUUCUGAUUCUAGUACACCAGAGCUAAUAACACAAACCAUUCCAGACGCUGGAGAUCAGUCAACAAAUGCAGAUUCUACAACCAUAGGACAAAUGACAUCGUCUGAUUCCACCACCACAGAACAGAAAGCAAAAUUCAAUUCUGUCAGCACAGAAAAAACCUCACUGACCACAAAAACAGAAAUGACAACGCCGUCUGAUUCUACCACUACUAAGCAGACAACAGGGUCUUAUUCAAUCACCACAAAGCAGACAAUAUUGACUGAUUCUAUGUCCUUACCGCAGACAACACUCUCCAAAUUUAUUACAACAGAGCAGACAAGCCUGUCGGAUUCUGAUAAAAAAGAGCAGACAACGCCGCGAGAUUCUAUCAUAACAAAUACGGGAACAUCACUUGGCUCUGUAAAGACUAACUUUAUAACAACGGAUGACUUAAUCACAACAGACCAAAGAACAUCAGUUGACUCUUCCAUGAGAGAUCUCAUAACGUCAACUGAUUCUUCUACAAGGGAUCAAAUACUAUUAGGUGACGUUACCACAUCAGGUCAAACACAAUCAAGUGACGUUACCACAUCAGGUCAAACACAAUCAAGUGACGUUACCACCAGAGGUCAAACAAUUCCGGUUCACAUUUCAACAAGAGAUCAAACACAACCAAGUGACGUUACCACAAAAAGUCAAACAACUUCAGGUGACAUUUCCACAAGAGAUCAAACAACAUUAAUCGAGCCUACAACAAAAAAUCAGAUAACUUCAGGUGAGUCUACCUCAGUGAGCCUAAGUUCAUCAACUGACGCUUCCACAAGAGAUCAAACAUCAUCAGAUCACGUUACCACAAGAUAUAAAACAACGGCCGAUGACUUUUCAAUCAGUGAUCAGUCUACACGAUCUGAAUCUACAACAAGAGAUCAGACAACACUAGAUAACUUGACCACAUCAUAUCAAACAACAUCAGGUGAGUCCAUCACAAGUCAAACGUCUUUAAAAUCCUUGUCCACAAUAGAUCAAAUAAAACUAACCGACUCUUCCACAAAAGAUCAAACACCAACCGGUGAUGUUACCUCGGGAGAUCGGACAAUACCAAAUGACUUUACCUCAAUAUAUCAAACAGCACCAGAGGAUGUUUCCACAAGAGUUCGCACAACAUUAGCUGACCAUACCGCAAGAUAUCAAACAGCCCCAGUGGAUGUUUCCACAAGUGUUCGCACACCAUUAGCUGACCAUACCACAAUAUAUCAAACAGCACAAGAGGAUGUUUCCACAAGAGAUCACACAACAUUAGCUGACCAUACCACAAGAGAUCGGACAAUACCAGAUGACUCUACCACAAGAUACCAGACAACACUAGGGGAUGCUGACACACCAGUUCACACAACAUUAGCAGACCACACCACAAGAUAUUUAACAAAGUCGGAUGACUUAACCACAAUAAGUCAAACGUCAUUAACUGACUUUUCAAAGAGAGAUAAGGCAACAUCAACUAAAUCUUCAACAAGUAAUCAACCAACUUCAGCUGACUCAACAACAAGACACAAAACACCACCAAGUGAUGCUACCACAAGAGAUCAAGCAACACUAAGUGAUUCUUUGAUAAAAGAUCACACAACAAUACCUGAAUCUUCAACACGAGUUCUGACUACAUCAGAUGAUGUUUCCACAAGAGAUGAAACUACAUCAGCAUACCCUAUCACAAAAGACCAGACAACUGCAGGUGAAGAUAUCACAAUAUACAAAAUUACUUCCGGUGACCCUACCACUAGAUACCAAACAACUUCAGAUUCCAUAACUAAAAGAGAUCAAACAACACCUGGUAAAGUUACCACAAAAGGCAAAACAACAUCAGACUUUUCAAAGAUAAGCCAAGCAUUGCUACCUAUUUUAACCACUGUAAAUACAGUCCAAUUACCAGACUCUAUCGUAACAAUUCCUGGUCAUUUACCUGAAACUACGCAUACUUACGCAUCAACAUCUAUUGAAAUGGCAAUAACAAGUGAAGAAACAUCUGCUAAAACAACCACGAUCCUAGAGACUACUCCUGUUAUUUCUACUGCAGAACAUCAAGAUUUUACCUCUGUAACAACAAGUCAGGUAGAAUCAACUGAUCCAACAACAACAACAAACUCAUGGCCUAUCCCUGAUUUUACUACAACAAGUAAGGAACCAAAGUCUGCUUCCUCGACAAGAACAUCUGAUUCCAACACAAAUGGAGAAACAGGGCUUGCGCGCACCACAUCCAAUAAAAAGAUACCAUCUGAUUCUCCUACAAAUAAACGGUCAACACCCGUUUCUGUCUCAACUAAUAAGGAAAUUGUACCAGAAUUAACGUCUACACAUCAGACAACAUCAAUUGUAAACUCUUUUACAAGUCAGACACCAUCUGGUGAUUUUUCUUCAACAAUGCAAGAUAUGUCACCUACUUUUGAUGAAAAUGCAAAGCCGUCAUCAACAGUACACGAUUCAACUGUAUCAAGUAAGUAUGCACCUACUUCUAUACAAUCAACAAAACCAAACAUUUUUGCAUCAACAGAAUCCACUUAUUUAUCACUAAAAAUCUCAGAGAUUUCCACACAAACUUAUGUAUCGUCAACAACGUCGGGGUCUUCUGCCGCCCCUGUACUACCAUCGACACAAUCAUCAUCAAUAUCGACAGCUGAAACUUACUUGUCAACGAAUAUGGAUUCUAAUAGUAGUCAGCAAUCCACAGUCUCGACGUCGACCAAAGAUUUUCCAUCAACCACCUCCAAAUCUAACACGUCUACCAAUCUGCCAUCCACAUCAUCAGAGAUUGCCACGCCAACCAAUCUACCAUCCAUAUCACCAGAGAUUGCCACAACUAAUCUGCCAUCCACAUUAUCAGAGAUUACAACGCCAACCAAUCUGCUAUCCACAUCAUCAAAGAUUUCCACGACAACCAAUCUUCCAUCCAUAUCACCAGAGAUUCUGAAGCCAACCCAUCUACCAACCACAUCAUCAGAGAUUACUACGCCAAUCAACCUACCAUCAACAUCAUCAGAGAUUGCCACGCCAACCAAUCUACCAUCCACACCAUCAGAGAUUGCCACGCCAACCCAUCUGCCAUCCACAUCAUCAGAGAUUACCACGCCAACCAAUAUACCAUCCACAUCAUCAGAGAUUGCCACGCCAAUCAAUAAGCUGUCAUCCUUAUCUACUGAAGAACAUAUAGCUUCGACAACCAAUCUGUCAUCCACAUCAUUAGAGAUUACCACGCCAACCAAUCUAUCAUCCACAUCAUCAGAAAUUGCCAGACCAACUCAUCUGCCAUCCACAUCAUCAGAUAUUGCCACGACAACCAAUCUGCCUUCCACAUCAUCAGAGAUUGCCACGCCAACCCAUCUGCCAUCCACAUCAUCAGAGAUUACCACGCCAACCAAUAUACCAUCCACAUCAUCAGAGAUUACUACGACAACCAAUCUACCAUCCACAUCAUCAGAGAUUGCCACGCCAACCCAUCUGCCAUCCACAUCAUCAGAGAUUACCACGCCAACCAAUCUAUCAUCCACAUCAUCAGAAAUUGCCAGACCAACUCAUCUGCCAUCAACAUCAUCAGAGAUUGCCACGCCAACCAAUCUACCAUCCACACCAUCAGAGAUUGCCACGCCAACCCAUCUGCCAUCCACAUCAUCAGAGAUUACCACGCCAACCAAUAUACCAUCCACAUCAUCAGAGAUUGCCACGCCAAUCAAUAAGCUGUCAUCCUUAUCUACUGAAGAACAUAUAGCUUCGACAACCAAUCUGUCAUCCACGUCAUUAGAGAUUACCACGCCAACCAAUCUAUCAUCCACAUCAUCAGAAAUUGCCAGACCAACUCAUCUGCCAUCCACAUCAUCAGAUAUUGCCACGACAACCAAUCUGCCUUCCACAUCAUCAGAGAUUCCCACACCAACCCAUCUGCCAUCCACAUCAUCAGAGAUUACAACGCCAACCAAUAUACCACCCACAUCAUCAGAGAUUACCACGACAACCAAUCUACCAUCCACAUCAUCAGAGAUUGUCACACCAACCCAUCUGCCAUCCAAAUUAUCAGAGAUUACAACGCCAACCAAUCUGCUAUCCACAUCAUCAAAGAUUUCCACGACAACCAAUCUGCCAUCCAUAUCAUCAGAGAUUCCGAAGCCAACCCAUCUACCAACUACAUCAUCAGAGAUUGCCACGCCAACCCAUCUGCCAUCCAUAUCAUCAGAGAUUCCGAAGCCAACCCAUCUACCAACCACAUCAUCAGAGAUUACUACGCCAAUCAACCUACCAUCAACAUCAUCAGAGAAUGCCACGCCAACCAAUCUACCAUCCACACCAUCAGAGAUUGCCACGCCAACCCAUCUGCCAUCCAUAUCAUCAGAGAUUACCACGCCAACCAAUAUACCACCCACAUCAUCAGAGAUUACCACGACAACCAAUCUACCAUCCACAUCAUCAGAGAUUACAACGUCAACCAAUCUGCUAUCCACAUCAUCAAAGAUUGCAACGACAACCAAUCUGCCAUCCAUAUCAUCAAAGAUUCCGAAGCCAACCCAUCUACCACCCACAUCAUCAGAGAUUACCACGCCAAUCAACCUACCAUCAACAUCAUUAGAGAUUGCCACGCCAACCAAUCUACCAUCCACAUCAUCAGAGAUUGCCACGCCAAUCAAUAAGCUGUCAUCCUUAUCUACUGAAGAACAUAUAGCUUCAACAAACAAUAUGAUCUUGACGACCAAUGAUCAUACAACAACUUCAGAUUCAAGUUUACUCCCUUACUACAAAUCAACUACUAGAUCUACUGAUUUAACACAGACGACGCUUGAGUCUGUCAUAACCACUGAACUUCCAUCAACUACCAAGGAAUCUCCUACGUCGACAAUUAUACAUUCAACAAAUUCUACACGUUCCCUAAUAACACAAGAAACAACGGAGUCACCAACAUCUACCUAUAAAUUAUCAACACCAUUAGAACACGAUGAUCUUACAAGUAUCCAAACAACAGUGAAUGAUCAACAAUUUGCAACUGAUUUUAACGGAUUCACAACAAAGAUACAAGAUACGACAACUGCAGGUAUAAAUAAUAAUGAACCAGAUACGACAUUAUCAAACAUAAGACCUACUGUACAAGAUAAAAUCACAGAUGGUUUAACGUCUGGUGUACAAUAUGCUACAACAACAGAUAAGACGUCAAGCGUGCAGAAAACAAUCGCUGGACAUUUGAUGUCCCAUGCGCAGGAUAUUUCCACAACAGAUAUAACAUCUAGUAUACAAUAUUCUCCAAAAGCAGGGAGAACGUUCAGUGUCCAUGAUACAACUACAGCUGUUAUAACUUCCAGUGUACAAGAUUCAACCACAGAAGACAUUACGUCAGGUGUAAAAGUUGAAAUCACAGCAGGUAUGACGUCCAGCUCUCUUGUACUAACCACUUCAGGUAUGACGUCCAGCUCUCUUGUACCAACCACUUCAGGCAUGACUCCAGUUGUUCAAGAUACCACCACAUCAGGUUUAACGUCAAGAACUACAACAAGUAUGGCAUCCGGUGAACGGCAAUCAACUUCAGAGGGAAUAAUGUCCAGAGAUCAUGUUUCGACAGCAGCAGCUACAAUAUCUAUUGUUCAAGAUGCAAUCACAUCAAAUUUAAUGUCCAAUUUUCAAGAUGCAACUACAGCAAUGAUAACAUCCAGUGUACAGAAAACAUCAUCAGAGGGAAUGCUUUACAAAUAUCAUGAUGAGACUACAGCAGGUUCAACUACUAGCAUAAAAGAUGCAACCACAGCUGGUAUACCAUCCAAUGGACAAGAUUCAACCACAGAUGGUAUGAUGUCAAAGAUUCAUUAUACGACCUUAAAAGAUAUGACCUCCAAUGAACAUGCUUCAACCACAACAGAUAAAACGUCCAUUGUACAAGGUACAACACCAGAUGCGUUUACGCCCAGUUUACGAGAUGCCACCAGCACAGAUAUGACGUCUACUGUUCAACAGACAACACCAGACCAUACGAGAUCAAACGUUAUUUAUAAAACUACGGCAGGUAUGGCAUCCAGUGAACACGAUUCAACCAAAACAGACAUAGCAUCUGGUGUACCUGGUAUAACCACAGAUGGUUUAACACCAAGUUUACAAGAUGCAACCUUAAUGGGUAAAACGUCUACUAUACAACCAACACCAUCAGAGGCUAUGCUGACAAAAGAGCAAAUUGCAACCACAGCAGGUAUGGCGUCCAUAGUAUCAGAUACAACUUCGAAGGGUAUGAUGUCAAAAGAGCAAGGUGUAAACACAGCAGGUAUGACGUCCAUCGUGGUGUCAGAUACAUCUUCAAAUGGUAUAAUAUCAAGACAGAAAGGUGCAACCACAGCGGGUUUGAAGUCCAUCGUAUCAGAAACAACCUCAGAGGGUAUGAUGUCCAAAGAUGCAACUACACCAGGUAUGACGUCCAUCGUAUCAGAUACAACAUCAGAGGAUAUGCUAUCAAAACAGCAAGGUGCAACCACAGUAGGUAUAACGCCAGAUACGACAACAACGGGUAUAAUGUCCAAUGAACAGGAUACAACCACAUUAGACUUGACUUCAAGUAUAUCAGAUAAAACUUCAGAAAGUAUGAUAUACAAGGAGCAAGAUACAACCACAGCAGGUUCGACGUCUGUCGUAUCAAUUACUACAGCAGAGGGUAUGAUGUCCAAAGAACAAGGUGCAAUCACAUCAGGCUUGACGUCCAUCGUAUCAGAUAAAACCUCAGAAAGUAUUACAUACAAAGAGCAAGAUACAUCCACAGUAGGUACGACGUCCAUCGUAUCAGAUGAUACAGCAGAGAGUAUGAUAACCGCAGAACAAGAUGCAACUACAGCAGGUACAACGUCCAUAGCAUCAGCUUCAAACUCAGAUGGUAUAAUAUUCAAUGAACAAGGUGCAACCACAACAGGUAUGACGUCCAUCGUGCCAGAUACAACCUCAGAGGGUAUGAUGCCCAAAGAGCAAGCUGCAACCACACCAGGUAUGACGUCCAUUUUAUCAGAUACAACCACAGAGGGUAUGAUAUCCAACCAACAAGAUGCAACAACAGUAGGUAUAACGCCCAUCGUAUCAGAAACAACCUCAGAGGGAAAUCUGUCCAAAGAGCAAGAUAAUACCAACUCAGGUAUAUCACCGAUCGUAUCAGGUACAACCUCAGAAGGUAUGAUGUCAAAUGAGCAAGCUGUAACCAUAGCAGGCAUAACGUCCAUCGUAUCAGAUAAAACCUCAAAAAGUAUUAUGUCCAAAGAGCAAGUUUUAACCACAGCAGGUAUGACGUCCAUCGAAUCAGAUACAACCCCAGAAAGUAUGAAGUCCAAAAGGCAAGAUGCAACCACAGCAAGCUUGACUUUCAUUGUAUCAGAUAAAACCUCAGAAAGUACCGGUACUAUGUCCAAAGAGCAAGAUGCAACCACACCAAGUAUGACACUCAUCGUAUCAGAUACAACACCAGAGGGUAAAAUAUCCACACAGCAAGGUGCCAACUCAGUAGGUAUGAUGUCCAUCGUAUCAGAAACAACCUCAGUGGGUAAGAUGUCAAAAGAGCAUGCUGCAACCACAGCAGACAUGACGACCAUCGUAUUAGAUACAACAUCAGAGGGUAUGAUGUCAAGAGAUCAAGGUGCAACCACAGCAGUCAUAACGCCCAUCGUAUCAGAUACAACCUCAGAGCGUAUAAUCUUAAAAGAGUCAGGUGCAACCACAGAAGGUAUAACGUUUAUCGUAUCAGAUACAACCACAGAUGGUAUGAUGUCAAAAAAGGAAGAUUCAACAACAGCAGGUAAAACUACCAUCGUAUCAUAUACAACCUCAGAGGGUAUGAGGUCAAAAGAGCCAGGUUCAACCAUAGCAGGUAUGACGUCCAUCGUAUCCGCUACAAACUCAGAGGGUAUAAUGUCAAAAGAGCGAGGUACAACCACAACAGAGAUGACGUCCAUCGUAUCAGAUACAACAUCAGAGGGUAUGAUGUCAAAAGAGAUAGGCGCAACCACAGCAGUUAUAAUGUCCAUCGUAUCAGCAACAACCUCAGAGGGUAUGAAGUCAAAAAGUGCAACCACAGCAGAUAUGGCGUCAAUCUUUUCAGAUACAACCUCAGAGGGUAUAAUGUCAAAAGAGCAAAGUGAAACCACUACAGAGAUGACGUCAAUCGUUUCAGAUACAACCUCAGAGGGUAUAAUAUUAAAAGAGCCAGGUGCAACCACAGAAGGUAUGACGUACAUCAUAUCAGCAACAACCUCAGAGGGUAUGAAGUCAAAAGAGCAAGGUACAACCACAGAAGGUGUAACGUCCAUCAUAUCUGAUACAACCUCACAGGAUAUGAUGUCAAAAGAGAUAGGCGAAACCACAGCAGGUAUAACGUCUAUCGUAUCAGAUACAACCUUAGACGAUAUAUUGUCAAAAGAGACAGGUGCAACCACAGCAUAUAUGGAGCCUUUCGUAGCAGACACAACUUCAGAGUCCAGUGUCGGAGAUGGUAUCACAACAGUCGAUACAUUGUCAAACAUACCAGAUACAACUACUGCAGGUAUCACUUUUAACGAAACAAGUUCAACUCAAAAAGAAGAAAUUAUACAAGACACCACUACGGUAGAAAUACCAUUAGUUUCAAGUUCAGUAACUUCUUAUCAAAAUGACGCCACUCAUUAUACAGAAGAGAGAAACAUCAUUUCUACUAAAGAUACGACAUAUCACGAAAGUAUAUCUAGCACAACAUUUAAGCCCUUCGCAUCAGAAUCUGAAACAACUGCAUCCGUUGCAAGGGACUACACUGCUAGUUCCACAGCAGGUUACACAGAGAAUAGCGUAGAAACCGAUAUAGCACAAUCAACUAUCAAUUAUGGUAAGAUGUCUACGAGUCAAGUUAACUCAUUGACUUCUUCAGUAUCUGCAGAUGUAACAUCAAAUAGAAUAUCGACCGUAGAAGACCGGGAAUCUACUGAUCAAAGUACAGGUAGUACCACACAGACAACCCUAAACAUAGGAGGAACCACUGAAUCUUCAAUUCAUACAACUUAUUCUGUUAUCACUGACGAUGAAAGCAGCACUAUGAAAAAUACAAACCAACGUACCACAGCGUUUAUGUUAACUUCCAUUUCUACCAGCAACGUUAAUAUAGACUUGGACAGGAACACAACAACUGAUACCAACGAACAUUUAACGAGUGAAAAUGAUAUAAGUACUACAGGCAAUGAAACAACUGUUGAUAGACAUACUACACAUUCAGCUGGAAGCAGUUUAAGUUAUGUUGAUGAAAUGACUACAAUUGUAGAUGAGGACACAUCUUCAAGCUCUACAAUUAGAACAAGCGUUGCUGGAAUUUUCACUUCAGAAAAUUUACAAACUACUGAUAUAAACAGAAUAAGUACAGAAUACGCCGGUGAUACAGUUACAUAUGUAAACGGUUAUACAAAUCUGCAGUCCAGUAAACCUGGAGACCAUGCUGGUGACACAACACCUGUUACUAUCCAGCAUGCAGUAAUUAAGACAUUCACAAGUGAGUACAAUACUAUUUUAAGUACCUCUGGCGAAACACUAUCAUCAACUGAAAAAAGUAACUUUGCUUUGAAAUGA